GCCGACACUGCACUCCCACUGUCGUUAUAAUACUGUGUUGUGCGCUGGAUCGAGGGUAGUGCUGGGUGCAGCAGCGGAGGUGCCAUGGUCGACUUUAUACCCCCCGGCGGGCCUCCGACGGGCGCCACCAUGUCCACCUUUCGAGUCGCAGGGACGCCGGGCAUACCCAUGGCGGGCCCUGCAGCGCCGAAAACAAGAAUGGGAGGCAUCCCUCUACCCUCUCUGAACGGCGCGCAGCCGUACGGUGCGGGCGCUAUUCCACUCAGCGCUCGCAAGGCGCAGGCCUUGGAUCUCGCGACCGUCGAGCGCAGAGGCCAGGGCCCUCCGAACAACCCACCACCCAAGUCGAAUCGCAUGUUCGGGCUCCAGGAAGCUCCGACAUACAGGCCGACGGCCGAGGAGUUCAAAGAUCCCUUGCAGUAUAUCCAGAAGGUCCGGGAGGAGGCUCAGCAGUAUGGCAUUGCGAAGAUUGUCCCGCCAGAUUCGUGGAAUCCGCCUUUUGCAAUCGACAGCGAGCGCUUCCAUUUCCGCACGCGACGACAGGAAUUGAACUCAGUCGAAGGAGGUACACGUGCCAACCUGAACUAUCUGGACCAGCUGGCCAAGUUCCACAAGCAGCACGGCAACAGCCUCACCCGCUUCCCCAGCGUUGAUAAGAGACCCUUGGACCUUUACAAACUCAAGAAGGCUGUGGAAACUAGAGGUGGCUUCGACCGCGUGUGCAAGCAGAAGAAAUGGGCCGAGAUCGGGCGCGACUUGGGCUAUAGCGGCAAAAUAAUGUCUUCGCUGUCGACGUCGCUCAAGAACUCCUACCAGAAGUGGCUUCAUCCAUAUGAAGAGUAUCUGAGGGUGGUCAAGCCGGGCGUGCACCAGAUGCUCGAGUACGAGAAUGGUGGUCCCUUUACGCCGUCACCGGGCCCGUCGCCCAUGAAAAGGUCGACGCACGGCACACCAACGGGAAACCCAAUGGACUCGCCUGCUAUGAGGGCAUCGGCUGCGCUUAAUGCCUCUCUUCAGGGCGAGGCUGCACCCACUCCACCUCCCGAGCUACCACGAUCGGCCAUGUCGGGCUUUACGCCUGUCAAUGCGGGAGGAUUUACUGCUGUCAAUGCGCAGCCACCGCAACCUCCGCAACCACCUCCAGCAGCAGUCUCUACCCCCACACCCAGCGGGUUCUCAGCGGUCAACAUAACUAAUGGUGUGCAUCAGAGCACCACCGACUCUCGCACUUCUACACCGCUCAGAAAUGGCGGCAGCCCUAUGCUGUCAGCCCACAAUACGCCCGACCUGCGACCGUCAGCCGUCGGUCUUACUCCGCUCUCGAACGGGCAGGCAUUCAAUCACCUCAAGCGAACGCUGUCCCAGGAAGCCGAAAGUGGCAUGAAUGGCGAGGCGGAUGCGGCGAAUGGCCGACGCAGUAAGCGACUAAAGAAUGAAGCGGCGCCCACCGUGGCCGGCUCGCACAUGACCCAGCCUCGCCAGUCCACACCGGGCCGAUCAUCGUAUCCGCGCAUUCGCGCGCCGGACGAGCGUCCUGGAGAUCGAUGCGAGACCUGCGGCACCGACAACGACCCCUCCAACAUAUUGCUGUGCGACAGCUGCGACGCUGGCUAUCAUGGCUACUGCCUUGAUCCGCCGAUCAAAGGUGUUCCUGAAUACGAUUGGCACUGUCCGAAAUGCCUCGUCGGGACAGGCGAGUUCGGGUUCGAGGAGGGCGGCACCUACUCGCUGAAGCAGUUCCAAGAGAGGGCGCACAACUUCAAGCAGGGCCACUUUGCCAACAAGAUGCCCUUCGACUCUGUUACGAACACUGCGAAGCCCGUGACCGAGGACGAUGUCGAGCGCGAAUUCUGGAGGCUAGUAGAGAACCUCACCGAGACGGUCGAGGUGGAGUAUGGUGCGGAUAUCCACUCCACGACGCAUGGCAGUGGAUUCCCUACCAUCGAGCGAAAUCCUCGCGAUCCGUAUGCGACUGACCCCUGGAAUCUCAACAUCAUGCCAUACAACCCUGAGUCGCUUUUCCGCCAUAUCAAGUCUGACAUCUCUGGCAUGACGGUACCCUGGUUAUACGUCGGCAUGGUCUUUUCGACUUUCUGCUGGCAUAACGAGGAUCAUUAUACGUACUCUGCCAACUACCAGCAUUUCGGCGCUACGAAAACCUGGUACGGUAUUCCAGCAGACGAUGCGGAGAAGUUUGAGCAAGCGAUGCGCGACGCGGUGCCGGAGCUCUUCGAGACUCAACCCGACCUGCUGUUCCAGCUUGUCACUUUACUGACCCCAGAACAACUCAAAAAAGCGGGAGUCAGGGUCUACGCGCUCGAUCAGCGCGCCGGCGAGUUCGUCAUCACCUUCCCACAAGCCUAUCACGCUGGCUUCAACCAUGGCUUCAAUUUCAACGAGGCUGUCAACUUUGCGCCGUUCGACUGGGAGCCUUACGGAGAGCUUGGCGUCCAGCGCCUGCAGGACUAUCGGCGACAACCGUGCUUCUCGCAUGACGAACUUCUUCUCGCUGCCGCUUCGCGGAAAGACACAACGAUCAAGACAGCCAAGUGGUUGGCUCCGGCGCUGGAGCGCAUGCGCGACCGUGAAAUGCAGACCCGAGCAGAAUUCCUGGAAAAGCAUAAGGCCGUGCAGCCGCAUACAUGCAAGAUCGACGGCACUGGUGAAGCCGAAGCCGAGUGUGAGAUGGAAUUCAUUAUCGACGACACAGACAUGCACGAAGAUGAGCUAAUAUGCCACUUUUGCAAAGCAUAUGGCUACCUCUCCCGCUUCUACUGCUCGAAUGCUAGGAAGGUGCUUUGCUUGCGCCAUGCCGGAUGGGUUGAAUGCUGUCCUGGAAGCCUGGGGAACGACCGUUACCUUGGCGCUCGAGGCGAGCAUACGCUCAUCUAUCGCAUACCAGACGACGCUCUUUUGGCGACUGUUCAGAAGAUAGUUGAUAAAGCAGGUACGCCCGAGGCUUGGGAAGCUAAGCUCGACAGUCUGCUUGAUGACGGCCCUAAGCCUCAACUCAAGGCGCUGCGUGCGCUCCUCAACGAGGGCGAAAAGAUUGACUGGGAAUUAAAUGGCCUCGUGGACUUGAAAGAGUUCGUGGAAAAGUGCUCUGAAGUGGCCGAGGAAGCUCUCAACUAUACCACGCGCAAGCAACAGAACCGCCGGAAGAAUGAGCGAGCUUGGAGGGGUCGCGGCGCUGCCAGCAAAGCAGCCUCAGCUGCCGAAGUGGAUGAGAAAGAGCGAGAGUUUCGUAAGGUCGAGAACAUUCAGAAGCUGCUCAAUACCGCAAACAACCUUUGCUUCGACAGCCCGGAGAUCACCGUCCUCCGCGAGCGCUUCGAGAGCAUAACAGAGUUCCAGGACAAAGCUCGAGCAGCGCUGCGUGAUCGCCCAGCCCAGCAGAGCAUUGCUCGGCUCGAUGAGCUGCUUGAGGAAGGCAAAGGCUUCAAUGUCGACCUCCCUGAACUUGACUCUCUAGAGAAAGUUGUCCAACAGCUCAAAUGGCUUAAGACAGCCGACGGGGUCAAGUUCAAGCCGUCAUCGCUGCAAGACGUCAUCGAGCUUAUAGAGCAAGGUACCGAGCUUGGUAUACCCGAGAAUCAUCCGGAAAUACACCUCCUUCAGGAAAAGAAAAUUCAAGGCGAGCUCUGGGAGGCCAAGGCGAAGGAGCUCAUGUCCGUUGAGAACGUCCAUUAUCAGCAACUGGAUGCAUUGUCCAAGCAGGCAUCCACACUCCCGGUCACGCCAGAAACUCUCGCGGCUGUUGAUGCUAUCUUGAAAAAGCAGCGCGAUGCUCAAGACCUCAUUGUCUCUCUCUUCGAGCGCAGCGCGAAUCCUGACUUCCGCCAGCGUCCGAAGUACAUGGAAGUGCGGAACGCCAUGGAGGCUCUAAACGCCCUCAAUAGCAAACCUGCUGGUACAAUCGACCUCGAAAAGGAACAGAAACGUCACGAGGACUGGAUGCGGCGAGGCAAGAAGUUGUUCGGAAAGGCUAAUGCGCCCCUGCACAUCCUGCAAGCCCACAUGAAGCAGGUCGAUGAGAGAAACCGCUCUUGCUUUGACCUUUCCGAUCAGCCCCGGAUGCCUGUUGAGCCUGCGUCUCGGGAGCACACCCCUGCGGAAGAUGAGAAUGUGGACGGUUCUGGAUCAAGUCGCGACGUUUUCUGCAUCUGCCGCAAACCCGAGGCUGGUAUGAUGAUUGAGUGUGAGCUUUGCCACGAGUGGUACCAUGGCAAGUGUCUCAAAAUCGCUAGGGGUAAGGUCAAAGAAGACGACAAGUAUACUUGCCCGAUCUGCGACUACCGCGUCAAGAUCCCCCGUGACGCUACUAGACCAAAGCUGGAAGACCUGCAGACGUGGCAGGACGAGAUUGCGGGCCUCCCGUUCCAGCCGGAGGAGGAAGAAACCCUCGAGUCGAUCAUCGAUCAUGGCACCAAGUUUCGCGAAUAUGUGGCCCAAUACAUCAAUCCGGUGAUGUCUAGCCCAGAGGAACUUACCACGCAGCGCUUCUACCUUCGAAAGCUGGAAGGCGCCGAGAUCCUUCUUUCGAAUGAGAUCAAUUUCUUCCGCCAGGAGUUACACAAGUGGGCACCAGUUGCUCCCGCUCCGCCACCCAUUCUUAACGUAUCCCUCUCGACACGGAAGCCGCGGCCUACGAAGCAGCAGAAGUUGAUGAAUCAGCUCGGAAUCACGAAUCCGGAUGAUCUGCCUUCGCACCUGCGCACAAAAACGCAUCAGUUCAAGCAGCGGAAGUCUUUGGAUCCCACUAGGCCCCAGAGCCUCCAGCCGGCGCCCGAGCAAUCGCACACGCCGCCAGGAGAACCACCGGAGAUGCGCCGUGGGUUCGGUGACCAAGACUACUUCAACUCUGCUGCUUCUACUACCAGCUACAACAACUCUCCGACGUUCGCCACGAGUGCACCGUUAAGCUUUGGCGCUAGCUCGUCUAUUCAGCCUAUCGACCCUGGCUUGUUCGAGGGUGCCGGGCAGGCACCUGCUAGCCCAAUACAGGAUCCAUUCAAGAGCUCUGGCAGCGGACAAGAAAUGUUCGGCGAGGUAAUGGAAGCCGGCGGUGGUCAAGCGGAAGAGGCUCUUGCCGUCACGGAGGGGAACAGCUACAUGGACUAGGCGUCCUGAUACAUGGCUUCCCGCGGACACCAACGCAUGAACGGGGAGCCCCGGUUUACGGACUCUACAUUCUUCAUUCACCAUUCACAGCAUCCUAGGGUGGCGU